AUACUAUAUCGAUCAUAGUACGGCCCGGGGAAAAAUUCCACGAAUUAUGAAUAUUCCCGUGUUCUUCAAGACUCCGGAGAAGAAAUUUAUUGCCAAGGUUAGUAAUGCAAGAAAGCGGUGAGUACGGCGGGAUUAGCAAGGUGGGCCCAUCGCGGAAAACGGGAAGGGAAUUGUAGGCCUGUGAAACUUUCUCAUCAAUAUGUUCUCAUUAGCUUGCCUUUUUACAGGCCUCUUCCCAUCUUUUUUCUCUCUCUCCAGCCUCCCCUCCCCCACGCUAUAAAGUUGCCUUCCUUUCUCUCCCUUUCCGUCUCUCUCUCAUCCCCACCCCACCCUUCCUUUCUUAUUCCGGCUUCGCCCUCGUUCUCCAUCCAGACCCCUCAAGGAUGUCCAGCAGAAGGUCCAGGAUCACAGAGGAGGAGAUCAAUGAGCUCAUCUCCAAGCUCCAGUCCAUACUCCCUGAGACCCGCCGACGAGGCACUAGCAGGCAGGCUUCGGCGUCGAAGCUACUGAAGGAGACGUGCAACUACAUCAAGAGCCUCCACCGGGAGGUCGACGACCUCAGCGACCGCCUCUCCGAUCUCUUGGCCACCAUGGACACCAACAGCCCCCAUGCAGAGAUUGUCCGGAGUCUUCUUCAGUCUUAAAUAUGAGAGUUAGUCUUACCAUUACUAUAUUCUAAUUCUAAUGUAGAACUAUUUAUAAGCUUAGGGCCAGACCAGGAGCAGCAUUAGCUUCUUCUUUUUUUUUU